AUGGGCAAGAAGCGGCGCAACGACGCGGGAGAUGACGAGGAGGAAUGGGGUGCUGGAGCCAGGGCACUCAAGGCUCAGACCGGUGGCAGUAAAGAGGACAUCGGCAAGCGCGAGGACAAGUGCAGGGCGCACCUUAAGCAGCUCAACAAACAAUGGGUAAAAACCCAGAUGUCGAGCCGGCCGGUGAAGUCGUGGGCCAAGGGUGUCGAGGACUACCUCAAGCACAUCGCCGAGAUCAAAUCGGAGUUCAAGGAUGUGCUGGAGGCUCACACAAACGGCGUGGCCCCCGCGCCCGCGCCCACUGCCCCAUCCCUCUUCGGCGGUGCGACGACCACCACCGCCGCACCCGCGUCGUCCCCGGCGCCCUUGUUCGGCACGUUCACGGCACCCGCGGGCCCGGCGGCGACGUCAUCGCUCGCCUUCCCCGAGGCUGCCAACAACCCGUUCACUCUGAAGCCGUCAUCGACGCCGCUCUUUGGCGCCGCGUCCACGCCCGCGGCAGGAUCCGCCCCCGCGCCGGCGUUCGGUGGGUUCGGCGGUGGUUUCGGCGGUGGUUUCGGCGGUGGGUUCGGCGCGACGCCCUCACCUUUGACCAUACCCCCCAGCACUCCGGAGGGUAACGAGGACGAGGACGAGGAGCAGAGGCCGCCGAGCCCGAGCUUCAAGGAGAAGGAGCGCGACGAGAAUGACACAGAGGAGUGCCUGAUGAAGUGCAAGGUCAAGUUCUUCACCAAGAAGGAGGCCACAGACCCGUGGGGCGAUCACGGCGUGAACCACUUGGAGCUGCUCAGGGAGAAGGUGGCGAGCGACGGGAAGACGAAGAAGGCCCGCAUCGUCUGCCGCAAUAGCAUUGGAAAGGCUGUGCUCAACGCGGGCCUGUACAAGGGCAUGUCAAAACCGCUAGUGACGGAGAAGAAGAAACCGGACGGGUCCAUGGCGAAGAACGGGGUCAUUCUCCCUCUGUACAACGCGGCGGAGGAGAUGGUUAAGAAGAUCACGAUGUUUCGACUGGGCAAGCCCGAUGACGUGGAGAUGCUCAACAGACUCAUCACCGAAAGCGUAGCCACCCUCUGA